GCUUGCCAUGUUGCCAAGUCAUCAGUGAUCAAUUAUUUGCGUAAUUCGAAUUGUAAAAAUAAGUUAUGAAUAAUGCAUUUCGUUCUGCGGUAAAUUGCGGUCAAUUAACGUACGAUCUAUAGAUUUUGCAAAUAAAAGCGGCAUUAUGUCUCAAAAAGUGCCAGUCAGUUUUUCCCGUUCUACAAAUACAUUUUUUAGUGUUAUAACUAUAGUUAUUAUUAAUUUGAAACAAAAUGGGAUGUGCAAGUGGUUUUGUUAAAGUAAUAUUACAGACUGCCAAUGUUCUACUUUGUUUGGCAGGAUUGGUUCUGAUAGCUAUAGGAGGGUUCGCAUUGACUAACGUUUGCAAAUACGAUUUGCAAAGUUUCCAGUUGGGCCCAAUUUUUACAAUUGUUGUGGGAUCGAUCAUAUUCCUUAUAUCUUUGAUGGGAUGCUUCGGGGUUUUCCAGGAAAACUCUUGGAUGCUUUCUUCAUACGUAGUAUUAUUAUUGGGCAUCUUUAUUGUUCAAGUUGGAUUGGGAAUUUACAGUUUUAUGGAAAUUAACAAUGACUACCAACUACAACAUACCAUUACAAAACAAUUGGAUAUUAUUUACAAAAAUGACAAGGAUCAUGAAUUUAAAAACAUGAUCGAGAAAGGGUUACAAUGCUGUAUUAUCUAUUAUGAUAAUAAUUAUGAUGGUUUUAUAACAUCGGCACUUGGUAGGCCAAUUUGCAUGGACCCGACUGUCCUAACUUGUGAUAAGACAAUUUUCAAUUUAAUUCGUGCAUCCUUUAAAUAUAUUGCAUUUACACUUUUAGGGAUGUUGAUAACUCAGUUGAUUUGCAGCGUGUUCGCAAUAAUUUUGGUCAACUCAAUCAAGAACGAGAAAGGGCAAAUACUACAUAUAAAAUAGUUUUUUUUAUUUUUUUAAAGAGAAGAAAUUACCAAAGAGUUUUGUUAUAAUUUUAUUUAUGAAUAUUUAGAUUGUUACCG